AUGAAGGACUCUUUGGAUCAAUCAGAAAAUUAUGAUACAUUUGCACAUGAAGCUCAUUCUAUUGUCGAUCUACUUGUACAACAAUCAUUAACACAUGUUACUGAUACAAAUGAUACAGAAAAUCAUGUUGAACGAGGUCGUUUUAUUGAAUUAGAAAAUGAAGCUAAAAUAUCAGGACAAGCAUCUGUACAAUGGCCAAAGAUUUCAGAAUUUACAAAUGAAAAAGUUGGUGUAGAAAAAAUCAAUGAAUACAUUGAAAAAGAAUGGAAAAAAGCACCAGGGGGUCAUGAUCUUUGUUGGUUAUAUGCAAUUGAUUUUAUUGAAAAAAAAACACUUGAAUUCAAUGAUUUAUAUAUCUAUCGAGUACGUUAUUCAAUACCAACACGAAGACAACCAAUACCACGACAAACAAUCUCUAUUUAUUUUACCAUCGAUGUAUCAAAAGUCCAACCAAAAAAUCUUCCAGUAAAAGUUUUGUUUGCAUUAGAAACAAUGCGAGUUAUCUAUGAGCCAGCUAAAUUUCGUUUUCGUCAAAAUUGGUUACAAGCUAUUAUAUUAUUAAAAGAAAAAAUGGCAAAUGGUAUUGAUUUUUGA